CCUCCAGGAGUCUGCCGAAGCGGGAUGUUAUAUCUGCUCUCGAGUCUGGCCAAUAUGGAAAGUCAAAGAGCCAUGCGAGGUUUCUUCCAAAGCUCCGGCGACCAUGUUCUCACUGGGGUUUCCCCUGGGAACCGGUGGACCUGUUCCAGUUGAGAAUGUUUUCUUUUGGACUGCUACUCCUCAAGGGAACGAAGAUCAAUUCCUGGCGUCAUUUCAUCUUCACGCUGCCCAAGAACUUGACCCGCCUCUAGACCACCGGGGGAGCACCAACACCGGAUCACCCGAAUGCCUUGAGCUGGCAGCCCGAUGGCUGAAGUGGUGCGAAUCAACGGCAUGAGCACUGUCAUAGAGGCACCCUACCCGUGGCUUUCGCGUAGUGCAAGUUUCUCGUUCCUCGAAAUUUGCCCCACUUCCACCUAACUAGUUAGGUGGCCGCCAUCUCAGUGCACCUCGGGCACGAUUUGUGACGCGUGAGUAUUUGGCGCCAUAAUGGGCAGCAGCUUUUCGUAGGGAGGGGAAUGUAUUGUUGUGGAAGGCUGCC